AUGGAACGGAUCAGAAAAGCAUACCACUACCUUACCAACCUGGAAUGGGCGGAAAAGGUCCAACACAACUGCAAAUUCUGCGAUCGUGCAAAUUUAGCUACCAUCGUCUACGAGGAUGAUGAGGUGAUUGGUAUUGAGAACCUGCGGCUUGCGGGUCAAUUUCACUGGCUCAUCAUGCCAAAACGCCAUCUCGUUCGAGACAUCGAAGGCCUGAGCGGCGAACACCUUCCUCUUUUGCAAGCGAUGGAUCGUGCGAAAAGUCAUUUGAUCGAGGAAAAGUGCCCCAGUCUAUCUCGUUCAGAUGUCAUCUCGGGAUACCAUCGGGGACGACGACAACUCCUAGGGGAUAUCUACUAUCCUGACAUUAUCUCUGUCCACCAUCUUCAUCUUCAUGUCAUUGUCCGACCACGGCUAUUUUUGCGACUUUUCAAAUACCCAUCAUGGCUACCCCUCAUGUGGAAGUCGGAUGCUAGAGUAAUGCAAGAAAUCCAG